ACAUACUCAUGGUAUGGCAUGCCUUCCUGCUCAACCCACACGACUUUUUCCAGUUCUGCGGCACCAACCACCUAGAUCACAUCCGCGGCCUCUCAUUCCCCUGGAAAGCGAUAGUAAGUCCAACCGACACCUCCCAACCCACCAAAAAUGCUUCUCCCCUGUAACACAAUCUCAGCACGAGGCCCUAUCUCACGACAACUGGAACUACACUCUCCCAAGCAAGACCUCAGCCUGGCUUCGCAGCGAGCUGAGCAUCGCACCAGACCUAUUCACUGCCCUCUCAGGCAAUGAAUCCACCACUCUCGAAGCUAUAACCCCUCUAACUCCACCAGAGCACAUCCCCUUGGUGGACAACAUCCUCCGGCAAGCCAUCUUCAUUGACAAAAUGCAUGGCUUCCUCUGGAUCCGCAGUCCCGCGCUUCAUGGAACGCUCACCCGGGCACUCGCGCGCUAUGAGCGCUUCGUCGCUUUGUUCCGUCUGCACCCGGGAACAACGCUGGUCCCAACCCUCGAUGUGGACUUGGUCUGGCACACGCAUCUGUGUAGUGCGGUCAUGUACGAAGAGUCAAUUCUUGAGCGGACAGGACGGUAUAUUAAUCAUGAUGAUAAGCUUGGGGGGGAAAUCCUUACUGGGGGUUUUGAUGCGACUGGAAAGUUGUACGAGGCUGCGACGGGGGAGCCGUACGGGGGUUGCUUCUGUUGGGAUUGUGAGGCUGUGCGCUCGGCUGGAGAGAUAGUGGAAGGUGACGUUGGGGCGGGCGCGCGGAAGAAGAUUGAGGAGAAGGUGGACUUCUACUGGCGAGCAGAGAUGGCGAGGCGCAAGCAGGUGCUUAAGUGGGGGGUUGUGCCUGCUUGUCUUUAAUUUCUACUGCUGCCUUCCAAGGCCCUGCCAAGUUAGCGAGACGCUUUUAUUUUCUAUACUUGUCAUGAAAGACAACACGAGCGACGAAUUCAGACUUUGCAUGUGUUAAACAUAACAGCAACCUUGGUCGAAUUGAGGAGAGUGAAGAGUGAGUUAAUGGCACGUUCAAUAGC